GCUAAAUAAGAUGAAGUGUGAUUGCUCAAUUGCUCAAUUGCUCAAUGGUCCUCUGGCCCGCCGACCUGGGCCUUAAGGUCUUGGCAAGAUAACACUUCUUGGCGAGCGACAUCGCUGGAAGCCCCGGAAGUCGUUCCAAGACUUUUUCACCCCACACUUCGAGGGGCCUCCUCCACACUCAAGAUAAACACAUUCCUAUUCCUGCAUAGUUCGAGGACAAGUACCGUGAUGAUUGUACCGCCAGAGGAAACAUCAUGACGUCUGUGGCAUUGGCAGGCACUGGGGCAGAGUAAAUGAGGCCUUGGCGACAUUAUCGGUGUCGGCUGAAGGCCGAAAUGCCCCGGCGAGGAUAAAUAGAAUAGCAGACAUGCUCGCAUUCUGUGCUGCCCGCCUUCGCUCCCCAUUGUCUCGUGCCUUCCACCCACAGAACGCCGUUGGAAUCCCGGAGCUUACUCCGUGACGAUCAGCCUAACGAUGCGCGUUCAAGAAAUCGUGGCUAUCGGCCUACUACGCGCAAGCCUCGCUGCUGCUCAACUCACCUAUGCCAGUAACCAAGUUGAGGUGAUCCCGGAUAGCGAGGCAGUAGCCACGAACUUUCCAGAGGUUGAGGAUGUUGAACUGCGCUCACCCGCCUUCGCUAGCCCAGACAGUGUUCCGACCACCUUUGCCAAUGGCACCAGCGGCCCAACAGACCAGGCAACUCUCGACUACUUCCUCCAGACCCUCGCUACGCGCAACGAAUGGAUGACCUACCACAAUCCAGACUUCCGUUCUGAAGAAGGCCGCUCAAUCCCCUACGUCUGUCUCUCAACUUCAAAAGGCCUUCCGACAGAUAUCAGCCCGAACAUCUACGGCAACGCCAGCGCUCCCGCAAAGGUUCGCAUCUGGAUGCAGGGCGGCGUUCAUGGCAACGAACCAGCCGGCGACCAAGCCCUUCUCGCCCUCCUUGGCAGGUUCGACGCCAAUGCCACCUGGGCAGCCUCGAUCCUAGAGAAGGUCGACAUCAUGAUGCUCCCAAGAUACAACCCGGACGGCGUGGCGUACUUUCAGCGGUACUUUGCGACCAGCUUCGAUCCCAACCGCGACCACACGAAGCUUGCGCGCCAGCAGACUCGGGAUAUCAAGCAGCUGAUGGUGAGCUUUGCGCCUCAUGUUGGGGUCGAUUGCCACGAGUAUAGUCCUACUACGCCCUUUGGUGCCAACGAGCAGUGGGUAGAUGCGCAGGAUGGUCAGUUCUCCGCCAUGAAGAACGCCAAUAUCCAUCCCGAUAUCCGGAACAUCUCUGAAGCCGUCUUCGCGAAUAAUAUCGCCGCAGCCAUGGAAAGACGAGGUCUCCGAUGGGGUCCCUAUAUCGUCGGUCCCUCAGGCACAGACGACCUCCUUCUGGAAGAGACCACCGGCGACGCCAAGAUCGGAGACAGUGCCGUCGCCUUGACACAGGCCAUCAUGUUCCUCACCGAGACGCGGGGCAUCGGGCUAGCAGACCAACACUGGCAACGCCGUGUCGCAACAGGCCUGACUAUGGUCGAGACGAUUGUCCAGACGGCUGCUGAUAGGGCUGAAGAAGUCUACUCAACAGUAGAAAACGCGCGCGCAAAAUUCAUCGCCAGCACCGACGACAUCAUCGUGACAGAGUCUGCUCGGCCGACCAACAUCACCUGGCAAUUCAUCGAAGCGACAACGGGUAAACUCGUUGAUAUCCCCGUCCAGUUCCUCAACACCACACCCGUGGUAGCGAACUUGACUCGUUCGAGACCAGAGGCCUACGUCUUCUCGCGCGCGUGGGCUGAUGUUGCUGAACGCCUGCGCGUCACUGGCGUGGAAGUACAGACGUUGCAGUCUGAUUUUCAAGGCGAGGUGGAAGCGUUCAACAUCACAAGUGCCGAAGUCGCGCGUUCAAAGUAUGAAGGGAUUGCUCGCACGACUCUGACGACUGAGACUGUCGUCAAGCAGGUUCGGAUUCCAGCUGGGGGGUUCUGGGUCAGUACUAGGCAGAAGAAUGCGGCGCAUGCGUUUGUGACGCUUGAACCCGAAGGGAUCGACUCUUAUGCGACCUUUAAUGUUCUGCCGGUGAGCGUUGGUGAUGAGUAUCAGGUCUACCGUGUCAUGGCAUAGGCGACGAGACAAGCUAAUCGUAACGAAUAACUUUCCGGAUUAAUGUCUGAUCGCUGUCGAUUCGUUAUCCUAGAACAAGAUGACACAGCCAUUUUCCUGAAAACAAUCAUGUUAGAAAUACUAACUCAUAGAAGCUCGAGGAGCAGACGUCUCUAGAGAGCUGCAUCAGCCGGGAGAUUGCACGAUAUGCCCAAUUCUCCGCGGCGAAUUGCCCAAGUGGGUCAUGACUUAUCGGCACGAGCUCCGGGUUCCGGUGCGGGGGGACGGAUAGAAUGCCCCGUUCUGCUCGGUUAGCUUAUAAGUGAAGGGCAACCC